AUGGUUCUGCCGUGUCCCCAGGUGAGGCUGUCCGCCCUGGUGUUGAGUGGCACCAUGCGCUCGGUACUGGUGCCCGCGCUGGCCGGCGCCCUCUGCAGUUCGGUGUCCGGCGUGGUGGCCGGCGUCUGUGCCCUGCUGAGGUCCUCCUCCCGCCUCCCGAGCGCCGUCUCCGCCAUCGAGAGGGUCGACCAGCUGCUCGCCGUAGACCGCCCCCGCGCCUACUCCACCACCCGCACCUACUGCGUCCUCUCGCUCUCCGUGGUCCUGCUCUACCAGGCCGCUCUGGCCGUUUAUAAGGGCCUCGUCGUCCACCAGUACGUCCUGUUCCCCUUCGUCGCGACCGUCACCAUGCUGACACUACUGCAGUUCUUCACGCUGGUACUCACACUCCGCUACAGGUUUCACACUCUGAACCGGGAAUUAGUCAAGUGUCUGGGUUACAGUGGUGACAGCUUGGAACUGCUAGACCAAAUACACAACUGUGGCGGUACAAAGUGGCGUUCGGUGGACAAUCACAGCCUGAUAGACCACAUCAUCGUGGGCGACGACACACUGUGCGCACGGCUUCUGCAGCUUCAGGUUGUUUACAAGAGACUCACUCAGUUGGCCUCAUCUGUCAAUGACAUGUACGCAGUACCGAUUGUUGCUCUAGUGGUUCAGGACUUCGCGGUCAUUACGGGACUGGUGUUCCACCUUCUGCUGGUCGCCUUUUCGGACAGGGAGUACGACGCAGUCGACACCACUAUCGACCAGUCUUUCAUGGUCCUGUCAGCUCUGAGACUCGUCUGCUUGGCCUCGGUGUGUCAGACGACAUCGUCGGAGGCUGUGACAACCGUAGAUGUGGCCGAGGAACUUCUUCUACUGAACAUGGCAAGACGGGGCAGCCCGGCGGUGUCUCGCGAGCUGCGGCAGCUGUCGCGGCAGGCGCGGCUCCGCCCCGUCACCUUCAGCGCCUGCUCGCUCUUCACGGUGGACGCCGGCCUGCUGACCACGAUGGCGGCCACCAUCCUUACCUACACCGUCAUCCUGCUCCAGUUCAUCGCCUCAGAGAUCCAGUCACCUUAG